UUCAACUUGUUUCAGUUUGUUGACAAAGCAACAUUAAAGAAACAAAACAUUUUUUUUCAAUCUAAUAUUUAGAUUUAUUUCUUUUUCUUUUUUUAUAAAUAUUAGGAUAACAGAGAGAAGUGAAGUAAGAUGAUAAGACUAGUUAAAAGAUGAGUUAAAUAAAGAAUCGUUUGAUCUAAAUUUUCUGAAUUUUUUUAUUGUGAUUUUUUGACUAGGAUUUUCUUCUUUUUUUUAUUUUAAAACCAAGGACCACAAUGGAAGUUAUUGUGUUAUCCUUGACAAGAACAUUGUGUAUUGCUUCUUUUUGUGUCAAAUAAACUCAAACUUAAGUGCAUGACCCUUGCACUAGUCUGUGUCAUUUAGAAAUGUUUAUGUCCCUGUCCUGGAUGACAAACACACUCCAUUUAGGGAAAGUGGAGAACAAAUUGCCCAGAUAUUUGCACAUGUGAGUACAAGACAUGUAACGGGGGUCUAUUUUAGUGAACCAUUCACACGCAGUAUUCAUUCCAUAAAUCCUUCAUGAAAAACAUAUAAUGUUUAUUCUUCCUCGAUGCCACCACACAAUCGUCUUGCCCUGAACGCCUCCUAGUUCAAGGUAAGUCCUCCAAGAUAUCACAUUCACAGGAUUGGACCCACACAUGCUGUCAUAAAUACUGACUGUGUAUACUGAGUUUACUACUAAACAUUUGAUGGGAUUUGUACUGUAAACUCUGUUUAUCGCUUGUAGAUUUACAGCACACAUUUGGACUUUAUAGACAAUCAUAACCACACCUUCACUGUUAGAGGAUGAAUGCAUAUAGAUCCUACAUUCUCCUGUGUCAUGGCCGCGGCUCCCCGCAGGGAUUAGCAAACGCCACACGGUGUAUUCCUGUAACAAGCCACUCGUGUCAACUUAAAUGAAUGUAUGUUAUGAAAUACUGUAGCUCUUUCACUUGGAGAAGUGCGGAUACAAUAUCCAAGGUUCUUGACUUAGCCAGAUAUUUGGCUCACAGAACCAGUUAGUCCAUGAAGAGUUCUCAGAUGGUUGAUCUUGCACUUACGCAAUCAAAAGUUGAAAACAAAAUUGAGCAAUGGAUAAGAAAACACCUCUGAACUUGUGGCUAGUUUUUGAUUGAACUCUUGAACGCCUACUUCCUAAAUUUGCAUUCUUACAUUUUUAAGUAUGAAUUGAAUAUUGCUUUUUUGGUAAUAAAAAAAAAGCAUAACAUUUUUAACAUAUUUUUUCUUAUUAGCAUAAAAGAUUCACUAUACCCAGAUAAUUUAGUUCAAAAUAGCUCUGGUAGUUCUGGCUACCAAGAAUUUACUUUAAAAUAAAAAUCUCUUCUAAAACUUGUUGAGUUCUGGCCAGGAUCUGUAUAAAAAGCAUUAGCAUCCACUGUAGUGAGUUCAAGGCUAGAGCUUGAAACUGGGCCAUAUGAACGAAUGGUGUCAAUGUUCAAAUGUAGCCAGGCUGGGAACACUAACAAGCAUGUGCUUUAUCAGGCAAUGAAUAGGUAUGGAUAGAGUGCUUGGCACCAGUUCUUUAUAUAAACUGUCUUCUUUGCAUACAAGGGCCAUUAAAUUAAAUUUUCCUCUACAAUGUGACUCGUCCGCACUUUUAAAUACUUAGCACUCAUCACUUUUCCAGACUAUGUUCUACGUGUGGACGAAUCCAUACAGAGAAAUAACCAUGUCUGAAGGACCGAAACAAAAAAAGUAUACUGCCACAAGGCGGCUGCACCUAAAAAGCAAAUUAUUGAAGAAGGCCACAUCUAUGCUAGCAGCUGAAAAAGAGCAGAACAAAAAAAACAGGGCCGAUUCUCUUGAUAAGAGGGUUCCUCCUCUCAAUCUGUCUGGUGUGUCUGCACAGGAGCUUCAGGAACUAUGUAAAGAGCAUCACCGCAAAAUUGAUAUCGUUGACGAGGCGUGUUAUGAUCUUCAAAUUAAACUGGCUACAAAUGAAAAAGAGAUCCAUUCCUUGACCCAGAAGAUUUGGGAAAUGAAGGGCACAAAGCAACAAACCAAACUGAAGAAGGUUAAGAAGUCACACGAUGCCAAGUUUGAUGCGCUUACUGAAUUCAAAAUGCCAUCAAAGUCAGAUUUCAAAGCCAACCUGAAGACAGUAAAGAAAGAAGAUGAGAAGAAAGAAGAGGUGACUGAUUGGCGUAAGAAUGUGGAGGCCAUGUCUGGAAUGGAUGGCAGGAAGAAGCUGUUUGAUGCUGGACAGUAAAAACAAAAAAGUUACAUAGUAAACUUGUCACUUGACAUCCAGCACAAUUUCCUGUGAAAAAAAAAGCAAACAAAAAAAAGCCCAGAAGCAUUUUGAAGCAUCUUACUUUUCAGAUGUCUGUAAACAAUAAAUGUGUACCAAGAUGACAAGGCUUCCAAUAUACACAGUUUGAAGCAAGAAAAUCCAAAAUAUAUACAUUUGAGUUGUUGUGACUAAUAACGUCAAUUAAUAUACACAAAAACUGUUUAUAAUGUUCAUAGGUUAAAGUGUUCUUGUAGGUGACCUUAGGACUUAGUUUGUCUUUACCAGCUGUUCUUUACUCUUCAAUCUAAUGACAGAGAAACGUGUUGUGUCACCAUGCAGUUCCCUUGCAAAACGCUGUCCUUUAAAUGCAUUGCUGCACUUGGCUGUGUACAUUGCAAGUGCAUAAUUGAUUUUAAGUAGGGAUGCACGAUAUUGGAUUUUGGCCGAUAUUCGAUAUUUUCAAAAAAAAUUGGCCGAUGCCGAUACCGAUAUAUAUACAAAUAUAUACUGAUAUAUUUAAACUUUAAUUUUA